AGGUGAGAGAAAUGACUGCAUUUUGGUGUCCUUGUCUCCUUCUCUUUCCCUUCCCUCUCUCUCUCUCUCUUUCUUCUUCUUCCUUUCUUCCUUCCCUUUCUCUGCACUCAAAUCCCCAGCCACACAAGUAAUCUAGGGUUCUUAGCUCCUUUUUCCAAUAAAUAUUUCCAUUUUCUCCCCCACUAGUCUAAACAAAUAUAUAUAAUCUUUUUAAAACAAUUUUUUUGGUUGGGUUUUUAAUUUCUUGAUGUUGUUGGCAUGGCGGGUUUAGAUUUAAGCGCUGCGUCUUAUGUUCAUCACCAGCUUCACCACCCAGACUUCAACCUGCAAACCCUGCCGGAAAGUAAAGAUGACGGCGGCGGCGGCGGAGGGGGAGAUAUUGUGCCGCGGCGGCCGAGGGGAAGGCCGGCGGGGUCCAAGAAUAAGGCGAAGCCGCCGGUGAUAAUCACGAGGGAGAGCGCUAAUACGCUCCGAGCUCACAUCUUGGAGGUGGGGAGUGGGUGCGACGUGUUCGACUGCGUGGCGGGGUAUGCGCGGCGGCGGCAGCGCGGGAUCUGCGUGCUGAGCGGCAGCGGGACGGUGACGAACGUGACGCUGCGGCAGCCGACGGCGGCGGGGUCGGUGGUGACGCUGCAUGGGAGGUUUGAGAUACUGUCGCUCUCCGGCUCGUUCUUGCCGCCGCCAGCGCCGCCGGGGGCCACCAGCCUCACUAUUUUCCUGGCCGGCGGGCAAGGGCAUUUGGUCGGCGGGAGUGUCGUCGGCGAGUUAACGGCCGCCGGCCCCGUCAUCGUUAUCGCCGCCUCCUUCACCAAUGUUGCCUACGAAAGACUGCCGUUAGAGGAGGACGAAACCUCUAACGUCGACAACGGCGGCGGCGGCGGAGGCGCAGCCUCCGCCGCCGGAGGUGCCGUCUAUAACAACCCAUUUCCCGACCCUUCCACCGGCCUUCCCUUCUUCAAUCUCCCUAUGCCUAAUAUGCCACCCUUCGGAGUGUAACAAAUAACCGUUGAAGAAUCUCCGGCAAGAAAUAGGAAUCUCAGCUCCAAUAUUCAUAUCUUCAGGUCAGAAAGUUCAUCAGUAACGUGCACCAUAUUCAUCACCAUCAUCUUCUCUCUCUCUCUCUUUUUCAUUUUUUUUGGGUUUUUUGUAACUGUUUUGUGUUUCGGUUUUGUAAUUCUUAAUUUCAACUUCUGGAAAUAGUGGUAGCUGCAGUGUUCUUUAUGGGACUUUCUCUUUAAGGAAAUGGUUUGAACAUUCAACUCCAAAUGGAAAUGCUACUGUACAUUAAUUAUUCAAUUUCCA